AUGCCUGUUAUACAACGAAAUAAUUCUGCUGUCUCAUCAGCUUCUACUGUUUCGAGACAUACGAAUGUUACACAUUGUAUUGUUCAACAUCCAGAUAAUGAAAAAACACGAAAGAUUGUUCAUAUGAAUAAAAUUGUGAAUCCAUCAAAUCGUCGAUUAAAGGUUGGUGAUGAUUGUACAUUGAAAGGUGAAGGUCGUAAUCAUACACGUGUGAAGAUUCUGUUUUGUGGCGAUUUAGACACUUGUCAACAUCAACUUGAUAUAAUUGAUUCGACAUCAGCAAUUAUUUCUUCCAAAAAUGAUGCAUUUAACAAAAAAAGCUCGAGUCCAUUGGACGAAAACAUGGUGAACAAGUGUAUUGCUCGACCAAUCAACUCGGCACCUAAGGCAUCGCCAGUUCAACCUAAAAAUGUACCAGCUUCAAGUUCUUGUAACGGUUCAGGAACAUCUAAAGCCGUUACUUACAAAACACAGAAUAAGAAAAAUUCCAAACCUCGUGGACAGGAAAUCGAUAUGCUUGAAAAAGACGAUGACAUUCACCAUUCGAAGGAAGUAUCGAAUACUACAAUGUUCCAGUCUCGUAAUCCAGUACAAUUACCAACAUCGAAUACUUUUGUUGCACGAAAUGUGUCUAAUCAAGUAUUGACACAGAAAUCUUCUAAACAAGGUCAUUUUAAUGCUUCUUCUUCUCGUAGUUCACCGAAUUACGAGAUGGAUUUUGAAACAUUGGAUUCCAAUAAGAAACAAAGCAAUGAAAAUGCUGAUAUAGCUGCUGGGUAUUCAGCAAAUGAUGAAUUUUUGAAUUUGUCUAACGACGACAAAUAUGAUGAUAAUGAUGAUGAUUGCGGCAUAUUGGAGGAUUCUGAAGCCGACCAAACUACAACAACUAUUGGUAAAUCUGGUGAAAAACAAGUGAAGGAAGGUGAAACAUAUGAUGAGUUACUAGUCAAGUACAAAAAGUUAUCGGAUAAAUAUCAAAUUUUGAAAAAUAAAGUUACAGCUUUACAACAACAAAACGAAAUGUUAAAUGCGACGAUGUUACCUAUGCCUCCACCUGAAAUUCAACAAUGGUUUGUGCAUACUGCACAACGGUUCGAGAACAAACCAUUAUCAGGAACUGUUCUUAAAGAUUCCAGUAGAGUAUUGAAAUUACCAGCCAAUGUAUUAAUAUCAUUGAAACAAAAUACUGGAACUCUUACUGCACGAGCUAUUGUUCGUCAUUUAUUUCCAUCUAAAAAUCGUACAACUGAUGACAUGACUGAAAAUAUUCGUCAAUCGAUUCUUGAUCAAAUUCAAUCAAUUUUAGCAUCUGAAAACAAUUUUACUUUACAUUCUUCGCCAUCUUCAUGCUAUAAUAGUUGUAUUAGUGAUAUUCAACAUGCUAAUUGGUAUCAGUCUAUUGCUUUAAAUGAAAAUACAUCGAAUUUUAUUACAUUAUUGUUAAAUGUCGAUGGAAUAUCCAUAUCUGAUAGUUCAGAUAAUAGUCUUUGGAUAUUCACUGUAAGCUGA